UAAAUAUGAAAAAUAUGGUGAAGGAAGAAACCGAUGCUCAGCUGGGGAGGGAUACAGAAGCCUCUUCUGGAUGAUUCAUAGCAAAAAAUAGAUGACUGGCCUACUGGUUAAAAAGGCUAAUGGAAUUUUGCAACUACCUCUCAGGAUACAGCGAAGAGGUGGAUACUUACAUUAGUCAAGUCAUUGAAGAGAGUAUAGAGAAAAAGUAUAAUAAAUACAUUAGAAUAGUUUGAUGGCUCAACAUUGUACUUUGCACUUUAACAGUUAUUCUGAGCUAUCCAGACUUAUCAGAUAUCAAUCAGGAGACUAAGUGGCAGACGUGCUUUAACUGCAUUGUAUUUUGAUUGAUAAUGGCUGCUGCAUUGGUUACAUUAAGAGUCAAGCCAAUUUAUGUUUGCUAUUUCGUUCCCAUUAUGAUUGGAAUAUGUAUUUACUUAGUCACUCAGAUAACUAUACAGAAGAGUUAUUACAGACUCAGCGAAUAUCACAUUUGAAUUGGAGCAAUGUGACACACUUUAAUGAUCCUAGUACCUACUCAGUGGAAGCCAAGCUUAGUGAUUCAUAAUUUAUGUAUGGUUCACCUUGCAUACUCCAUUUGGAAAACUUAUAACUUUAUGAAUGCUGAUGUUAUAUCGAGUACGGUCUUCUCUUGCCUCUGGUAUACUAUCUCAAGUUAUUUGUUGAUCAUUAAGACAAGAAAUAUGUACUCAGAAAUCUUGAAGAACAAGAGACUUAUCAACGAAAUGAAGAAAGUAAUGCAAUUUCUUCCUUUUGGUGUAGUUAUAUGGCCUUCUAAAGAGAAUGAAAAGUGGUUUGCGAAUAAAGAGUUUACAAAUAAGUUUACAAAAAUCAGAAAAGAUCUUGAUGAACUUAAAGAUAUUGAUAUUUCCUUCUUGUCCAACAGUGAGGAAAAUAAAGACUGCUGAAGCAUCCAAAAUAAUUUGGAGGGUCUUCUCAAGGCUCAUCAGAAAUUGCUCGAUGGAAAAGAUUCAAUGACUGAACAAGAUAUUAAGAUUCACUGUCACUCUCAAGGAAACAUUUUUCUUCAAGAUUCCAAUCAAAAUGAGAAUGAGAGAAUUUGAAAUAUAAAGACUUUAAUGGUCGAGUGGGAAGGAGAGAGCUCAUACAUGCAUGUCUUCAUUGACAACACUGAUUUGAUCAAGUUAGAAGAGGCAAAGAAUAACAUCAAAUGUCAGAAGAUCAUGUUUACAUCAGCAUCUCAUGAAUUUAGAACUCCUCUGAAUUCAAUCAUUAACUCUUUUGAUAUCAUUCGAAACUCUUUUUAAUGAACUUAAUGAUAUAUCUGGGCCUUAUUUCAGACAGCUUAGAGGCAGAGAGAAGGAAGACUUAGAUAUAAGUACAGAAAUGAUUGAUAAGUUCAUUAAAAUUGGAAAAAAUUCAUCGUUGUUGUUACUUACACUUAUUGAAGAUAUACUAAAUCUAUCCAAAAUAGAAGCUGGUACUUUUAUGAUCAGCAAAGAAGUUUUCAAAAUUUCUGACAUCCUUAACGAGAUCUAUAAUAUCUUCAGCAUGCAAUGCGAACAAAAGAAUAUCAAGCUCAUUGUAAAAACUACUGGUGAUGUAAGACACUUGAACAUCUUUUCAGAUAAGUCUAGAGUAAAACAGAUAUUAAUGAACUUGAUGUCUAAUAGUAUGAAAUUUACCUUCAAGGGCUCUAUCACCAUAGAGUGAAGGACUACAAAACAUAGUGGAAAAGAGUUUGUCAAGAUAAGUGUGGUAGACACUGGAGUUGGUAUAAAGAAAAAGGACCAAGCCAAACUUUUCAAACUCUUUGGAAUGCUUUCUUCAACCAAAGAUAUUAACAAAAAUGGCACUGGUAUUGGACUCACAAUUAGUAAAAAGUAUGUUAAAGCAAUCGGAGGCAAUAUUCACUUAAAAUCAGCUCCUAAAAUUGGAACAGAUGUUACUUUCACAGUACCAAUAGACAGAAUCUCAGAAUCAGAGAAUAAUCCCAAAUCUAACCGGUCGAUAUGGAGCUUCUUUGAAAAUGAAAUUGAAAUUGAAGAGGAAGGCAUUAUUAACCAGAACUUAUUCUUCGAUCAUGAUAUUGGAUCAAGAGGAUGAUUUACGAGAAGAUAG